UUCAGUCGCCAUCAGUCCGAGUAGCGGUUCGCGCGCCUGUUUCUCCAAUCUCUGAAUACGCCUAUCGAGACCUCGUAAACUGAACGCGGGAAAUCAAAACUUAUUUCGAGUUAUAUUUCGCCGGGUGCGUUUUUUCUUGGCAAGCGUUUCGGAAAAAUUGCGUUGACAGUUUUUGAAAACAGCGUGCGGUUGCUGACAAGAGUGAAGUGACAUAAUUUUUCACGUUUUUGCUUUGCGAACAAAAAAUAGUCUUACGGUGCCAGAUCAGGGCUAAAUGGUGGGUGUUCUAUCUCUGUGAAGCCACGUGUACAGUAGCCUCGGAAAACGGAGCAGUAUGGACUGGAGCAUUAUCAUGAAUUUUUCAACCUUAGUGACAGAUUUGUUCGAGAACCAUCCUCUACAUCCAAUUUGCCAUGUUCUAUUGAACAGAUCGAAUCACAAAACAAAUUUCUUUGACAAAAGAUGUUAUCACACCACAUCUCGAAGAAAAGUAGUUGUUAUUGGGACUUUAGAGAUUUUAAUUUGUUAAUUUCUUGAAGUCGAUAUUUCGUGGAAGCUUGGAAAAUAGUAUUUUGAAAUUAAAUUGAAAUGACUAACCGAUUUUCAAAGAAACAAAUAUUAGCUAGCUGCACCAUAUUGGUGUUAUUAGCAUUAGUUAUAUUCAUUUGGGUGGAAUUCAGUCAAGGGACAUUUAUUACCAAACGGCAGUAUACUGCCAUAAAUAUAACAUCUGCUGCUUACAAAAAUGGCGAAACUCAAAACACAACCACAAGGCAUAAAGAAUAUAUUCAAAAAACACAUCUGGAUGAUUUGGAAACCAACGACGUGGAAUUCGUGAAACCCUUAAAAAUAAAUGAUUUAAAUAAUACAGCUCCAAUUAAUUCGCAAGAACGUGUCAAACAUGAUUCGAUUCAUUUUAGACAGAAGCAAGACGAAAGUUGGGAUUCCCAUCCGCAAUAUGAAAUUGAAGCUUUCGGACGUAAACUUUAUUUAGAAUUGGAACACAAUAACAAGUUCUUGUCUCCCAAUUUACAUAUUGUAACACACUUCAGGGAAGAUUUUACUCAAAGGACAAGACACGAUCCUAGAAUAUCUGGUUGUUAUUAUACAGGAAAAGUGAGGGGAGACAAAGAUUCCAACGUCGUGGUAUCUUUAUGUGGAGGAAUGAUGGGGUAUAUUAGAACUACCGAUUGCACAUAUUUUAUUGAACCGGCCGAGAAAUUAACUGAAGGAUCAUCUGGCAGUUUAAUUCACAGGAUUAAGAGGCUACCGCAUCCUACAAGAAAAAUUAAUGAUGUCAAUUCAGAUAUACAAUUUGAUGAAAAUAAUGAAAACCGAACAAUAAUUGAGGAAGACUACCAAGAAACCGAAUAUACAAUCAAGAAUCAUCGUAUAAGAAGACGUUCAAUAUUGCAGAACAAACAAGAUGAAGAUGAUAUUGAAGGUACCUGCGAUACGGUGGAUGAAAGAAUAUGGCAUAGUUCGGCAGAUGUCGCUAGAGAUGAUGUUCGUCCACGACGUAACGCUGAAUGGAGUAGCACGAAUAGAAUCAGUAACGAGAGCUUUGUUAAAGUAUUGGUUGUAGCUGACAGUAGCACGCUUAAAUAUCAUGGAGAUCAUGAAGAUUUGGUCAGCUAUAUUCUAAUGCUGAUGUCGCAUGUUUCGUUUCUGUUUAAAGAUGAAACGAUUGGGAACGCAAUUUCCUUAUCAGUUGUAGAUUUUCAAGUACUGAGCACACAAGAUUUUUCCAAUAUAAAUUCCUCAGGUAUGUUGAUCAAAUUUUGUAACUGGACGAAGCGCAUCCCAACUAAAGAUCGUUUGCACAACGUGGCGGUACUAUUAACAAGAGAUACCAUAUGUCGUAAUGAAUCAACACCUCAACAUUGUACCACACUAGGUGUCGCUGAAGUCGACUCGAUGUGUCAAUCCGGAUGUGCUAUAGUAAGAGAUAAAGGAUUAGCUACUUCUUAUACUAUAGCUCACGAAUUAGGUCAUAUUUUGAGUAUGCCGCACGAUGAAGACAAGAAAUGUGAAAGGUUUAAUAGAUACAUUAAUAAUACGAAUAUCAUGAGUAAAGUAAUUAAGAAGGAUACUAAACCGUUUACAUGGUCACCUUGUUCGAGAUAUUACAUCACCGAAUUUUUAGACUCAGAAAGAUCCAGUUGCAUGAGACUCCCACCAAUAAACAAUUAUCUACCGGUUUUUCCGUACACGGAAACAUUACCUGGUGAUAAAUUCGAUUUAGACACUCAGUGCGAAUUAGAGUUCGGACCUGGACGAAAAGUAUGCCUGUCAGGAGUACCUUCUGCACCAUGUGAGCAUUUAUACUGCACUGCCAAUAACACGGAGUACGCUUGCACAUCAACAUUUUCCCCAUGGGCCGACGGUACCAACUGCGGAGAUGGUUAUGAAAAAAAGGUUUGUUUCAAUGGCCAAUGUAGAUAUGAAUUUGAACUGAUAUCAGUGGAUGGAGGAUGGGGCCCGUGGAUGGGAUAUGGACCAUGCAGCAGGACAUGUGGUGGUGGGGUGAGAGCGUCUCAAAGAUAUUGUAAUUCUCCCAAGCCUGUUAAUGGGGGACAAUACUGUAUCGGGGAGAAUAUAAGAUAUGAAUCUUGUAACACGUUAGACUGUAAUAUUAAUAGUGUAGAAUUCAGGGCGCAACAAUGUUUGGAAUUCAAUAACCAAACACACUAUUGGUACCCUGAUUAUGAUAUAGAAAGGCACGAAGACCACUGCAGACUCUUUUGCAUUCCGAAUAACAUUAAACCCAGCUUCAGGUUGUUAGAUAAAGUUGUGGACGGUACAAAAUGCGGACCAUCAGGAUUCGGAAUAUGCGUAAAUGGUAUCUGUAAACCGGGCGGUUGUGAUAAUAAAUUGGAUUCUACGGUUUUCUUGGAUGAUUGCGGCAUUUGUGGAGGUAACAACAGCCGUUGUCAAGAAAUUACUGGGAAAUACAACACUCCCGCGGAAACUACUGGGUACAAUAGAGUUGUAAGGAUACCAAAAGGCAGUUCAAACGUUAAUAUAACGCAAGAUUCCUAUCCGCACGUCGACGACAAUUAUCUUGUACUGAUCGAUGGUGAAACUGGAGAUUCGCUUCUUAAUGGUAACUUCAUGGCGAAUACAGACGGUUUAGAUAUCAAAUUCGGUAACAUCAAGUUGAAAUAUAGCGGAUCCGGUACGCCCGUAGAAUGGAUAAAUAGCGAAAAGAAUAAGAAGCUUCCUAAGGAUUUGGUCGUUAGUUUUUUAUCUAUGAGGACUUUAUCGCCUCCGAAUAUUCAAUACCGAUAUGUCAUAGAUGUCAAAGAAGCGCCUAGGUAUCCAAGAUAUCAUUACAGUAUCUACAGGGGAUUUGUAAGAAGUUAUGGUUGGCAGAUAACUCAGAAUCAAGUUUGGUCGAAGUGCAAUUCCAUUUGCGAAGGUAAAUCCUUCAGAACUCCGAUAUGUGUAGAUUUGACAACGCAGGCCGAAGUUCCAACAACUUUUUGCGAUAACUUGGACGAAAGUCAAGUGCAAAAACGAGAUUGCAACAUGAAUUGUCAGUUGACUUGGAAUAUUGAUUGGAGAAGCGAAUGUUCACCGCAAUGCGGAAAGGGGAUUCGAAAUAUCCAUUACAACUGUAUAAAGAUGGACAAGAAUAAUCCAUCGUACAAUGAACGUGUCAAUGACAGACAUUGUACCGUUUUACCAAGACCCCCUGCAAUGGAAUCUUGCAAUACUGUCUGCAAUACAACAAGAUGGAACUAUUCUCCAUGGUCAGAGUGUAGUAAAACUUGCGGGGGUGGUAUACAAAGAAGAACAGCAAAAUGCGUGGACUAUACUUAUACACCUAUAGAUGAUUCCUAUUGUAACGACAGCGAAAUGGUCACAAAUCAGAUUUGUAACACUGAAAACUGCCCUGAAUGGAUCUUGGCCGAAAAUUCAUCUUGCUCAUCAGUUUGCGGUGGAGGUUAUCGAAAUCUAACCUAUUAUUGUACCCUCGAUGGUAGGAUUCACGAUAAUCAUGAUUGUGAUUUGAGUAAGAAACCUGAAGAUAGGGAAAUUUGUAACGAACAGGACUGCGGAAUUUGGGCGCCGUUAAAUAGUUACCAUCCAUGUUCUGUUACUUGCGGUAUGGGAAUCGAAAGGAGGAUGUUCGUUUGCAUGAAACCGGAUUAUUCUGGAACUUUAGAUGAUAUAUAUUGUAAAAAUCUUUUGUUACCUACAGAGACCAGAAUGUGUACUAAACCGCCGUGUGAAUCCUAUCCGUUUUAUACUAGAAGAGGUUCUAUAAUUAAUGAUGUCGACAAUACCAUAAUGGGAAAUUCUUUUUCUACAUACCACACCUACAGAUGGGUUGCGGAAGAUUGGUCAGAUUGUUCUGAAACCUGUGGUGAUAAUGGAAGGAAAAAACAAUUAUUUAGAUGUUUGGAUAAUGCGGGAAUAGAAAAUUACCACAUGUGUGACCCCAAUUUGAAGCCCAACAACGUCAGGAGAUGUAAUCAAAGUCCUUGUCCUAGAUGGAUAACGGGAGAUUGGAGUCCUAACUGUGAUGGCAACUGUGAAAAAUACAGACAAGUCAAAUGUGCAGAUCAUUUAGGUCACAUCAUUGAAGAUUAUCAUUGUGAUAAUUCCAAUAAACCAAAGAAUUCAACGAAAUGUAAGUUGUCGGAAUGUCCCCAUAUCACUAACGCAGUAUCAAGAAGAUACUUCGAUUCAUCGGAAAAGGGUGAGGUACGAUAUAAGUGGAAAGUAGGAAAAUGGAAACCAUGCUCCAACUUAUGUGGCAAAGGUACUAGGAGACGUCACGUAGAGUGCGAGGAUGUGCUUAACGACAUCACCGUAGUUGACACUUUAUGCAGACAUUUGAAAAAACCACAAAUCACCAAGUCUUGCGAACGAUACAGCUGCAAAUAUGCGUGGAUUGAAGGGUAUUGGUCAGCUUGUUCCGCUUCCUGCGGUGACGGUAUCAAAAAACGAAAUGUCACUUGUCAUCGAGUAUACAAAGGAGGUGCCAUAGAUCCUGUACCGUUACCGGAUAUAUAUCAGAACAAAAUCAAUCAUCAGAAUUAUUGUUCGAUUUAUAAUAAACCAACCACGACUGCUAAAUGCAUUUUAUCAUACUGCGGAGACCAAUACGUAUGGAAACCGGAACCGUGGAGACAAUGUUCGCAUCAUUGCGGUAAAAAAGGUCGUCAGAUCCGGUUGGUACCUUGCGUGAAUAUUCGGAACAAUCAAAGAGUAGAAAAAUCAUAUUGUCGCGCCAAUCUGAGACCGCCGAGGAAAAGAAAAUGCAACCAAUGGAGAUGUUUGCACAAAAGCUGCAAGGAAUUGAAAAGAGCCACGGGAACGAAAGUCAACAAGGAUUACGUCAUUUCCAUACAGGGACGACCAGUUAAUAUCCAUUGUUAUAAAAUGGACACGCCUGAACCGUUGGAAUACAUCAGUUUGAAUUCUGAUACUACUAAUUAUGCGGAGAUGUACGACAAAAGAUUGAAAAAUAUUGCUACGUGUCCGUACGGUGGCCAAAGGAGGGACGGUUGUAAAUGCGAUCUUAUCGGUCCGGACAGAUCCGGUUUCACGAAAUUUUGGAAAGUACGACUGAACAUAACCUCGCUUAAAAUAAUACCUGACGAUUUCACAUUCUCGAAACAACUGAAAGGCAAAAAAAUCCCUUACGGAACGGCCGGCGAUUGUUACAGUUCAGUACAAGAUUGCGCCCAGGGUAAAUUCGAAGUCGAUUUAACUCAUACGUCAUUCAAGUUGGCGAAUAACGUUCGAUGGGAGGCGCAGGGACCAAACAGUUCGGCAAAAAUAAGAAAAACCGAUACACGAGUAACCGGUAAAUGUGGUGGUUAUUGCGGAAAUUGUAUACCUGAUCCGAACAUCGGUUUAGCUGUCGAAAUAACUUAAACGUUACUUAUAUACGUUUUGAGAGGAGGCUUGAGACCAAAAAAAAUGUCGAAUAAAAGGAGGACUAGAAAAAUGUCACAUCGAAGAGCAUUCCCGAUCAAACUUUUACUAGAUAUGAAGAAGUGGUGCACAUAUUUCUAGUUGUCCAUUGUAUUUUGUCCGAAGAAAGGUUGUAAUAUUCAGAAUUUGCAUCCAAUGGGCGGUGGAGCGACAAUAUUUUUUUUGUCUAUUACAACUGACACUAUAGGUACAAAAAAAACUAGCUUUUAUUUUAUUUGAAUUAUUGAAGAUUAUUAUGUGAUAAUCUCAUUGAACUGUCACUUUUGGGACGGUUCUGUAAGUUGGUAACAAUGAUAAUUACCUCUCCCUUCCCAAUUAUACAAUUAAUUAAUUUUAUUUACGAAAUAUUAUCAACAAGAGAAAAUAUUAGAUAAAAGUAACUAAAUAUGUAAUUGACAGAAAAAAAUUAAAAUAAAUAAAAUAUUCGUAUACUGGGACCAUAUUUUUCCGAAAAAAUUGAAGAAAAGUAAAAAAAAAUCAAUUCCAAAUCUGUGCUUCCUCUUUCAACAAUCAUUAAUAACCUCUUCAACGUUUAAAUCAAAGGUACUCAUUGCCUUGUCUUCAAUAGACCCGCCACUACUACAUUUCAACUAAAUUCCCAAAACUCGUAAACAAAUAUGAAGAUUUAACAAUGUCCAUUUACUUAAAGAGUCUCUUUCCUGGGCUCUGGGUGUUCGCCUGGACCACUCGUUCACCUGGACCACUAUAGAAACCACUUAUCUAACGAUAGAAAUUUGUAUAAACCCCUGUCGAGUCUCUCCCUUGGAUCUCUGGAAUUUGACCUGGAUCGCUGUAAGAAUCACUGAUCUAUAGAUGGGAUUUAUGCAGACUCCUUCUCCAGGACACCUGAUAGUUUACCUAGA